ACCUCUAAUUCAAAUAUUUUGGGUAUGAAGAAGAAGCUCAUGACAACAGUCGUCACUAGCAUAGUACUUUGGUCGGUGAUGCUAUUCUCCAACAUCUUCAAACACCAGCUACUUCAUGCUGAUACCAACGGUUCAAAGGAUUCUGAAAAACCGAGGGAUAAACUGCUAGGAGGUCUUCUCACUGCAGACUUUGAUGAAGAUUCUUGUCUGAGUAGGUACCAGUCUUCCUUGUAUCGCAAGGCUUCACAGUACAAUCCUUCUCAGUAUCUCAUCUCUAAGCUCCGAAACUACGAGAUGCUUCACAAGCGUUGUGGUCCAGGCACAGAAGCUUACAAGAGCGCAAAAGAGCGGCUUGGUCAAGAUGAGCUUGCAAGAAGCUAUAGUGAAUUAUGCAAAUACAUUGUGUGGGUGCCAUUGUCUGGGCUUGGAAACAGAGUGCUUGGCCUGGCUUCCCUGUUUCUCUAUGCUCUCUUGACAGAGCGAGUCAUUCUUGUUGACCAACGGAGCCAUUUAACCGAUCUCUUCUGUGAGCCUUUUCCGGGAACUUCUUGGUUACUUCCUCUGGAUUUUCCACUGAUGGAUCAGUUAGAUAGCUACAACCAAGAACAUGAGCGUUGUUACGGAACAAUGUUGAAGAAACAUGCCAUUAACUCGACUACAACCCUUUCACACCUUUAUAUUCAUCUUUUUAGUGGUUACAGAGAUCAUGACAAGACGUUCUUCUGCGAAGCAGAACAAACCCUCAUCAGGAAAGUGCCUUGGUUGGUCGUUAAAUCCAACCUCUACUUUGUUCCCUCUCUAUGGUUGAUCCCCAGUUUCCAAACCGAACUUAUCAAGCUAUUCCCGCAGAAAGACACCGUAUUCUACAACCUGGCUCGGUAUCUUCUUCACCCGAGUAACCAAGUUUGGGGUAUGGUCACUAGGUCUUACAACGCUUACUUAGCCAGAGCAGAUGAGAGACUUGGCAUUCAAGUAAGGGUUUUUAGCAGACGCGCUGGAUAUCUCCAGCACGUCAUGGACCAGAUCGUAGCAUGUACACAAAGAGAGAAACUAUUACCUGAAGCAGCUACGCAAGAAGAAUCACAAGUAACAAAUACAUCAAGAAGCCAGAAACUUAAAUCUGUUCUUGUCACAUCUCUGUAUCCAGAGUACUCUGACAACUUAAAGCGGAUGUUUUGGGAACGACCGACUUCGACAGGAGAAAUAAUUCAAGUUUAUCAGCCAAGUGAAGAAAUGUUUCAGCAAACAGACAAAAAGCUUCACGACCAAAAGGCCCUCGCUGAGAUGUACCUCCUAAGUCUGACGGAUAAACUUGUCACAAGCGCAUGGUCUACAUUCGGAUACAUAGCUCAAGGUCUGGGAGGAAUAAAGCCGUGGAUACUCUACAAGCCAGAAAACAACACAGCUCCUGAUCCGCCAUGCGUUAGGGCCAUGUCAAUGGAGCCUUGUUUCCUUAGAGCUCCACUCUAUGGUUGUGAAUCCAAGACUGCUACUGACACAGGGAAACUCGUCCCUUUCGUAAGGCACUGUGAGGAUUGGAUCCCGGGACUUAAGCUAGUUGAUGCCCCAGAUAAGUUAUAG